AUGCAGUGCCUUGAUCGACCCGCUCGAUUCAACGUGACGCUGGAACGCACCCCCAACUGGCACGUGGUCUCAUUCCACGUGGGUCUCUUCUGUAGACCAGGAAGUACCGAGUGCUACAAAUGACAACAAACACCGCUGAAACAGUAACAGCCAGCAACAUUGUGACAUCAUUUGGAUAACUUUGUGACAGUUUUCUAUCGCAUUGCAGCAAUGGCGGAAGAGAUUUCCUGCUUGAAGGGACGGCUUAUGGAAAAAGAAAAAGAGAUAGUUGCAUUGAAGAAUAAACUGGCACAAUUAGAAAAGGUAGGCCUAUGUCUCUCUUUAGCUUUUACAUUGAAUACCAGUAGGUAGCUGUAACCUAGUGCUUGCAGUGGCUAUUUAGCAGCAGAGCAAGUCAUAAUGUAGCUAUAUGAUUCAGAGUUUGAGCAAAGAUGCUUUGGUUUGAGCAGCGUGUAAGACAUAUUUGUUGCCGGGGCGGCAGGUAGCUUAGUGGUUAAGCGCUUUGGUCGCCGAAAGGUCGCUGGUUCUAAUCCCCGAGCCGACUAGGUGAAAAAUCUGUCGAUGUGCCCUUGAGCAAGGCACUUAACCAUAAUUGCUCCUGUAAAUCGCUCUGGAUAAGAGCGUCUGCUAAAUGACUAAAAUGUAAAAACUUAAUAUUUAGUUUGAGUCAACAAGACGAGAUUUGGAAGGAUAGCCUCGCGAGACUAACUAGCCUACAAAUCAAUUGACUUUCUGUCCCUUGACAUGUUAUAUUUGGUUAUUGUCUAAAAUAACAACAACUUUAACGUAUUCUGAACCACCACCCUUUCUCCACUGAAAUCAGAGCAGUUUGACAGAUCUGCAGCUGCAGGAGAAAGUGUCAACACUUCCACCUCUGAAACUCAAGGCAGCCCUGUCCAAUGAAGACAUCAUGCGCUACAGCAGACAGCUUCUACUGCCAGAGUUGGGUGUUCAAGGUAAUAAUGACAGCUUUCACCCAAUCUCUGAUUGAGUCAAACACUAUUGAAAAACACAUUAUUGAACACAUCCUUUGAUCUCUGCAGGUCAGCUAAACUUCUCCCAGACGUCAGUGCUGGUUGUGGGGUGUGGAGGACUAGGCUGUCCCCUGGCACAGUAUCUAGCUGCAGCAGGAAUCGGUAGGUAAAAAUGUGGGGAAAGAGAAUUUCAGUAAGUUAUACCCUCCGUAAUGGUCAAGGAUUCAUAUGCUGUACAUCCAAACUUAAAUCCGUUAAAUCCGUUCUACCUAAUUUCUACCAGCAUGUUAAAUGUGCAACCAGAGGGGAAAAAACUCUAGACCACCUUUACUCCACACACAGAGACGCAUACAAAGCUCUCCCUCGCCCUCCAUUUGGCAAAUCUGACCAUAACUCUAUCCUCCUGAUUCCUGCUUAUAAGCAAAAACUGAAGCAGGAAGCACCAGUGAUUCGGCUAAUAAAAAAGUGGUCAGAUGACGCAGAUGCUAAGCUACAGGACUGUUUUGCUAGCACAGACUGGAACAUGUUCCGGGAUUCUUCAGACAACAUUGAGGAGUACACCACAUCAGUCACUGGCUUCAUCAAUAAGUGCAUCGAUGAUGUCGUCCCCACAGUGACCGUACGUACAUACCCCAACCAGAAGCCAUGGAUUACAGGAAACAUCCGCACUGAGCUAAAGGGUAGAGCUGCCGCUUUCAAGGAACGGGACUCUAACCCGGACGCUUAUAAGAAAUCCCGCUAUGACCUCCGACGAACCAUCAAACAGGCAAAGAGUCAAUACAGGUCUAAGAUUGAAUCAUACUACACUGGCUCUGACGCUCGUCGGAUGUGGCAGGGCUUGAAAACUAUUACAGACUACAAAGGGAAGCACAGCCGCGAGCUGCCCAGUGACACAAGCCUACCAGACGAGCUAAACCACUUCUAUGCUCGCUUCGAGGCAAGCAACACUGAAGCAUGCAUGAGAGCACCAGCUGUUCCGGACGACUAUGUGAUCACGCUCUCCGUAGCCGAUGUGAGUAAGACUUUUAAGCAGGUCAACAUUCACAAGGCCGCAGGGCCAGACGGAUUACCAGGACGUGUACUCCGAGCAUGUGCUGACCAACUGGCAAGUGUCUUCACUGACAUUUUCAACAUGUCCCUGACUGAGUCUGUAAUACCAACAUGUUUCAAGCAGACCACCAUAGUCCCCGUGCCCAAGAACUCUAAGAUAACCUGCCUAAAUGACUACCGACCCGUGGCACUGACGUCUAUAGCCAUGAAGUGCUUUGAAAGACUGGUCAUGGCUCACAUCAACAGCAUAAUCCCAGAAACCCUAGACCCACUCCAAUUUGCAUACCGCCCCAACAGAUCCACAGAUGAUGCAAUCUCUAUCGCACUCCACACUGCCCUUUCCCACCUGGACAAGAGGAACACCUACGUGAGAAUGCUAUUCAUUGACUACAGCUCAGCAUUCAACACCAUAGUGCCCUCAAAGCUCAUCACUAAGCUAAGGAUCCUGGGACUAAACACCUCCCUCUGCAACUGGAUCCUGGACUUCCUGACGGGCCGCCCCCAGGUGGUAAGGGUAGGUAACAACACAUCUGCCACACUGAUCCUCAACACGGGGGCCCCUCAGGGGUGCGUGCUCAGUCCCCUCCUGUACUCUCUGUUCACCCAUGACUGCAUGGCCAGGCACGACUCCAACACCAUCAUUAAGUUUGCCGACGACACAACAGUGGUAGGCCUGAUCACCGACAACGAUGAGACAGCCUAUAGGGAGGAGGUCAGAGAUCUGGCCGUGUGGUGCCAGGACAACAACCUCUCCCUCAACGUGACCAAGACAAAGGAGAUGAUUGUGGACUACAGGAAAAAAAAGAGGACUGAGCACGCCCCCAUUCUCAUCGACGGGGCUGUAGUGGAACAGGUUGAGAGCUUCAAGUUCCUUGGUGUCCACAUCACCAACGAACUAUCAUGGUCCAAACACACCAAGACAGUCGUGAAGAGGGCACGACAAAGCCUAUUCCCCCUCAGGAGACUAAAAAGAUUUGGCAUGGGUCCUCAGAUCCUCAAAAAAUUCUACAGCUGCACCAUCGAGAGCAUCCUGACUGGUUGCAUCACCGCCUGGUAUGGCAACUGCUUGGCCUCUGACCGCAAGGCACUACAGAGGGUAGUGCGUACGGCCCAGUACAUCACAGGGGCAAAGCUCCCUGCCAUCCAGGACCUCUAUACCAGGCGGUGUCAGAGGAAGGCCCUCAAAAUUGUCAAAGACUCCAGUCACCCUAGUCAUAGACUGUUCUCUCUGCUACCGCACGGCAAGCGGUACCGGAGUGCCAAGUCUAGGUCCAAAAGACUUCUCAACAGCUUCUACCCCCAAGCCAUAAGACUCCUGAACAGCUAAUCAUGGCUACCCGGACUAUUUGCACUGCCCCCCCACCCCAUACUUUUUACGCUGCUGCUACUCUGUUAAGUAUUUAUGCAUAGUCACUUUAACUCUACCCACAUGUACAUAUUACCUCAACUACCUCAACUAGCCGGUGCCCCCGCACAUUGACUAUGCAACGGUACCCCCCUGUAUAUAUAGCCUCCCUACUGUCACUUUAUUCUAUUGUAUAUAUAGCCUCCCUACUGUCACUUUAUUUUUACUUCUGCUCUUUUUUUCUCAACACUUUUUUUGUUGUUGUUUUAUUCUUACUUUUUUUGUUUAAAAUAAAUGCACUGUUGGUUAAGGGCUGUAAGUAAGCAUUUCACUGUAAUGUCUGCACCUGUUGUAUUCGGCGCAUGUGACCAAUAAAAUUUGAUUUGAUUUGAUUUGAAAUAGAUGUACAAGUCCCUUGAAUCAAUACAAAUCAACAAAGCAUUUGAGGAUGGCAUAACUUCACAAAUUAUUAGGUAGGCCUAAUACAUGUAACAGACCUGUGAACCUUUAGGGAUAUGCAAUACUUAUGUGUGUGUACACUGUUAUAACAUGGGUCCAUCCCUUUAUUACCCCAGGGCGUGUGGGUCUUCUGGACUAUGAUAAGGUGGAGCUGAGUAACCUGCACAGACAGGUGCUCCAUGGAGAGGACAGCCAGGGCCAGGCCAAGGCCCAGUCUGCUGCCCACGCUGUCAGAAGGUACAGGAGGCAACUGGGGCCUGCACAGGCUGGUACAUGGACUGCAAUCAUGUCUGUCACUGGCAUGUAGGCCUACCAUAAGUUGGUUCAUUCACUGCCAUCUCACUACAAUGUCACAGGUUGUAUUACACUAUUGUUUUGACUGUCCACAAAUAAUCAACUAUUUUGCUCUGUUUAUUUAUUUUUGAAAGCACUGAUUGUGGUCCUUCGCUCACUGAUGCUGCAGUACUGUGAUUAACCUCCACAGCAUAGCUAUAGCCACUUGGUGGUGCCAUUUACCCAAACAGCAAUAGCUUGCUUUCAGAUAAACUGUAUAGGCAUAGUCCCCACUCUUAUUUGUUAGUGUACAUACAGUACAUUAAUGGUAUUGCAAUUGAAUGUUAAAAUCCUACUCCAGUCUCCUUUUCACCUCAUUUAACACCUGAUUGACUUAACAAAAGGCACAUCUCAAAAUGUGGUCCAGGUGCCUCAUGACAUGGCACAAGUGGGGGUAUUUAUACUUGGGAUAUCGCUUUUCAACAGGAAAAUCACUGGAGGGUGUCUUUAAGGUUUUGGCAUUCAGAGGAAAAGAGCAUUAGCAAGCCAAUAUUUUGUGCAGUAGUUCUUGCUCUCCAAAAUUAGCAUGAUGGGUUGAAUGUGAAUGGCCUUGUCUGUCCUUUUUAUGUGUCUACAGGUUGAACUCCACAGUAGAAUGCAUUCCCUACCACCUCCAGCUCUCUCCAGAGAACGCCUUACAGCUCAUCCAACAGUAUCCUCCCUCUCAGCCUUGUACCUUUAUAUUAUCUUACAGGGGCUAAAGAAGAGGUUUUAGUGUUUGUCAAACAGGAUUUCCGUGUCAUCAAAUCCAAUAGUCAAACAUUUACCAUAACACUGUGACUUUUUGAGCGAAGAAAAUCACUGCAUUUUUACUCCUUGACAUUAUCCACCUCAUGUACGACAUUGUGGCUGACUGUUCGGACAACGUUCCCACCCGGUAUCUGGUGAAUGAUGCCUGUGUCCUCAGUGGCAAGCCCCUAGUAUCUGCCAGUGCCCUGAGAAUGGAGGGCCAGGUAAGGAUCUAGUUACAUUUGAGUCUCUAUAUUUAAGUCCCCACAUGCUAACUGGAUUUACAUAAAUGUCUGACAGAUGACUGACUAGUAAAUGGAAUGUGUUUAUUGAUUCUCCUUUCUGCAUAGUAACCCCUCUUGUCUGUGUCUAGCUGACAGUGUAUAACUACCGUGGAGGCCCCUGCUACAGGUGCCUGUACCCAAAGCCUACACCCCCAGAGAUGGUGACCAACUGCUCUGAUGGAGGGAUCCUAGGAGUUGGUGAGUCCUCUUCUAAUUCAUGUCGUUACUCUUAGGUAGAGAGAGGAAUAUAUUGUUGAUGUUGCACUCUUAUUUCUUAGUGCCAGGGAUCAUGGGAUGCUUCCAAGCGUUGGAGGUCCUGAAGAUUGCCUCCAGACAGGGCUGUAUCCUUCCCAGUGAAAGCUCCCUGAGUCACUCCACUGCCCCACUACUUAGCUACUGUACAAUGAAACAACACGUUCUGCUUAGUCAUGGUGCUGACUGGAUGAAUUAAAGCCUGAAUGAGUCAGUGUAGCAUGGGAAGGAAGGGGUGUUUUUCUUCAUGACCAUGCCCAUCUGAUAACGCUUGACGAAAAGAGAGGAAAUUCUGUAAAUUUUCAGGGCCUUUAUGAGGUCUGUUUCUGAAAAUACAAAGAACAUUGUGAUGUUUGUCAGUCAGACAGGAGCCUUUUCCUUGACUGAGUGUGACAGCUUCCUGUGGCCAACAGCUGUUGAUGUUUGAUGCCCAGGAUGCAAAAUUCCGGUCCAUCAGGCUGCGGUCCAAGCAGGCCAGCUGUGCUGUGUGUGGCGAGAACCCCACUGUCACACACCUAGUGGACUAUGAGAAGUUCUGUAGGUCUGCUGCCACAGAUAAGGUCAGGGGUCGCUGAGAAGAGGGGCCAUGUAGGUAAACAUAUUGCAUAUUGAGUUGCAAUUUAAUACAGUUCAAGGGGUUAAGUUAUCAUUUUAAAUUAAGGGGAGGUGGUAUGUCUCAAUCUAAAAUGGCCAAAGUGAGUGUCAUCACGGCUUAGAAACUACACGUAGCACAUGGGAUGUUGUGCCAGGAAAAUGGGUUAAUUAUCCAUCAUUUAGAUAAAUAGCAGAGAUAUGCACUGUAUGUCAAAAGGAGUUUUCCGUACUUUGCUCGACUAAAAAAACAUUUUCCAUCAAUUAUAGGACAAUUUUAGUUUCAAUGUUUGCUUUGAAUAUUUACCUAAUAUUUUCUGGGUUUUCUUUCAGUGUCGAAGACUAAACCUUCUCUCCAAAGACCAGAGGGUAACAGUGCAGGUAGAGUAUAGUCGAUGACUUUCUGUUUUAUAAUUAUGAUUAUUGCAUGAUUACACUUGAUUUUCUGUGAUUCGUGUGCAUUCAUAAACCCAGAUUAAAUCUAAAAGCUGACCCAACCCUAAAUGGGAAAUGACUAAAACUCGAAUGUACGUUUUCUACGGAAAAUAAUAACAUAUUUGUUAGUUGGCACUGACAGAAAUGGUGGUGGUUUAGGAGUUGUUUGGGUUUCUGCUAAAUCACAGGUUUAAAAAGAAUUGAGCCAUUAAGAUGAAGAUUAUUUUUAUUUAACCUUUAUUUAACUAGGCAAAUCAGUUAAGAACAAAUUUAUUAUUUACAAUGACGGCCUAACCGGCCAAACCCUCCCCUAACCCGGACGACGCUGGGCCAAUUGUGCGCCUCCCUAUGGGACUCCCGAUCACGGCCGGUUGUGAUCGAACCCGGGUCUGUAGUAACGCCUCUAGCACUGCGAUGCAGUGCCUUAGACCGCUGCGCCACUCAGUCCCCUAAUCAUGAUUGAUUGGCCUAUAAUAGAGGUUAUGCAAGGCAUGGAGUUGGAAACAGUUUUAUUUCCUAUAAUUGAAAUAAUGUGACAAAACGUUUAACGUACUCCACCCAACUCCACUCAAAAAAGGCAACCAGUUGUACAAUGCAUAUAGUGAAUAGCCUAAGCAACUCAACCAGUCUUUGUGCCAUCUUUGUGUCAUCUCACAUAAUACCAGCAACUUGAAUUUGGAUGUGGCAGACCUUUAAACAAUACACUGUCUAACAAAGUGAGUGCUGUAAGUGACCAUUGACAACCAUUGUAAUUUCUCCUUUGUAUUGCCAGGAGUAUAAAUCUAUAGUGGACAACACGGCUGCUCAUCUCCUGCUGGACGUACGCCCUCUAGUGGAGGUGGAUAUAUGUCACCUGCCCACCUCCCUCAGUAUCCUUCUGCUGGCUAAAUGCCCUCCUGUCAUUGUACUCCACUAGCUAUAUAGUUACCAUUAGCAAGAUAUGGAGUUAGUGAGGAGGAUAUAAAUACUAUAAAUACUGCUAUUAAUAACGUCAGUCAUCCCUGUGCUUUCAUAAGUGUUCUGAUCUGAGUUAAUUGUACUCGAUUCAAUGGUAAGUUAUGUUUAAUUUCCUUAUAUCAUUGCUAGACAUUCCUCUCUCCAGUUUAGAGGACAGGAAAAGUGAACAUAUCCGAGUGCUGAAAGAGAGCAUUGGCCGAGUGAAAGAGCAGAUGUCGAGUGAAUCCCAGGUCCCAGGUAACAUGACUGACAAUACAGUAAAUAAUAAUAAAUAAUAUGCCAUUUAGCAGACACUUUUAUCCAAAGCGACUUACAGUCAUGCGUGCAUACAUUUUUACGUAUGGUGCAUUGCAAAACUAUUCAUCCCCCUUGGCGAUUUCCUAUUUUGUUGCAUUACAACCUGUAAUUUAAAUAGAUUUUUAUUUGGAUUUCAUGUAAUGGACAUACACAAAAUAGUCAAAAUUGGUGAAGUGAAAUGAAAAAAAUAACUUUUUCUAAAAAAUAAAUAACGGAAAAGUGGUGCGUGCAUAUGUAUUCACCCCCUUUGCUAUGAAGCCCCUAAAUAAGAUCUGGUGCAACCAAUUACCUUCAGAAGUCACAUAAUUAGUUAAAUAAAGUCCACCUAUGUGCAAUCUAAGUGUCACAUGAUCUGUCACAUGAUCUCCGUAUAUAUACACCUGUUCUGAAAGUCCCCAGAGUCUGCAACACCACUAAGCAAGGGGCACCACCAAGCAAGCGGCACCAUGAAGACCAAGGAGUUCUCCAAACAGGUCAGGGACAAAGUUGUGGAGAAGUAUAUUGAAAGAAUAUGGCACCACAACAAACCUGCCAAGAGAGGGCCGUCCACCAAAACUCUCGGAGCAGGCAAGGAGUGCAUUAAUCAGAGAGACAACAUAGAGACCAAAGAUAACCCUGAAGGAGCUGCAAAGCUCCACAGCGGAGAUUGGAGUAUCUGUCCAUAGGACCACUUUAAGCUGUACAGUCCACAGAGCUGGGCUUUACGGAAGAGUGGCCAGAAAAAAUCCAUUGCUUAAAGAAAAAAUAAGGUACUCUGGUCAGAUGAGACUAAAAUUGAGCUUUUUGGCCAUCAAGGAAAACACUAUGUCUGGCGCAAACCCAGCACCUCUCAUCACCCCAAGAACACCAUCGGCAGGGUCUGGGAAACUGGUCAGAAUUGAAGGAAUGAUGGAUGGCGCUAAAUACAGGGAAAUUCUUGAGGGAAACCUGUUUCAGUCUUCCAGAGAUUUGAGACUGGGACAGAGGUUCACCUUCCAGCAGGACAAUGACCCUAAGCAUACUGCUAAAGCAACAGUCGAGUGGUUUAAGUGGAAACAUUUAAAUGUCUUGGAACGGCCUAGUCAAAGCCCAGACCUCAAUCCAAUUGAGAAUCUGUGGUAUGACUUAAAGAUUGCUGUACACCAGCGGAACCCAUCCAACUUGAAGGAGCUGAAGCAGUUUUGGCUUGAAGAAUGGGCAAAAAUCCCAGUGGCUAGAUGUGCAAAGCUUAUAGAGACAUACCCCAAGAGACUUGCAGCUGUAAUUGCUGCAAAAGGUGGCUCUACAAAGUAUUGACUUUGGGGGGGGGGGGGGGGUGAAUAGUUAUGCACGCUCAAGUUUUCAAGUUGUCUUAUUUCUUGUUUGUUUCACAAGAAGAAAAAUUUGCAUCUUCAAAGUGGUAGGCAUGUUGUAUAAAUCAAAUGAUACAACCCCCCAAAAAAUCCAUUUUAAUUCCAGGUUGUAAGGCAACAAAAUAGGAAAAAUGCCAAGGGGAGUGAAUACUUUCGCAAGCCACUGUAGGUCUCCAUAUAGCUUCGCAGGUUACAACACGCAGUGGCUAUUCAGUAGCUAGCUAGGUGUAUGGAGCAGCUCUAUAUUCACUGAACAAAAGAGGGGUAAUUUGAGUGCUAAUUAAGUCUGUAUAGCCUUGUACUGCGAGGGUAUUCGCCUAUUUUGGACAGCCAUUGACGGGAGGUGGAGUUGCUAGGUAAUCCUUUUUCCAAAACAAGAAUAUACUGUCAUCGUGAACAGCUGGCCUCUUUUUAUUGAAUAGUCAUCAUGGUCUUUAUUUCUGCAGAGUGUAUUUCCAGCAAGCCUGUGUAUAUUUUGUUAUUAAUUAGCUAUUUUAAUUGGUAAUUCUGGGAACGACAGUGUAAACACAGACCUUUUAGUUGAACUAGUACACCUUGAAAGUUUCAAAUCGAUUCAGGUGUCAAGAGUGAAAGAAGGGACCUGAGUUUACAAGUCAUAUCAUGUCCAUAACACAUCCAAUAGUGAAUUAGAAUACCAUGCCAUAGCUCUGAUUCUGGACAAGCAUCAAACAAGGAAUAUUUCUUGCCCAUUUUAUACAUUCAACUUACAACUCACCUAGUCUUGCAUAGCCAGCCAGACGUGGUAUUCUUGUGAGAUGCCAGGAAAUCGAAGCUACUCAUCAAUUUGAUCUGUUUGUGUUUCACUGCUGCAGUGUAUGUGAUCUGUAAGCUGGGUAAUGACUCCCAGAAGGCAGUUCAGGUCAUGGAGAAGAUGUCGGGCUCUGAAGUGGACUUUGUCACUGUUAAAGACAUCUGUGGAGGGCUGAUGGCCUGGGCCCAGAAGAUAGACCCGUCUUUCCCACAGUAUUGACUCAACGUCACAGGUUCUGCACUAUGGUUUCAUGACUUUGUUAAUAAACAUGUUCAUAAAUGUGUCAUCAUAGCAACUGUUUUUCUGCCUUAACAUGUUUUAUGUAUGCUGGUUGCACUGGGCAUUGCAAACCUGACGGACAGAUGAAAUUGCAGUUACAUCUUACAGGUGAAAAGUGAAAGAAAUAGUCACAUAUCCGCUGUUCGUGUGUUCUAGAUUGUAUUAU